GAACCACCUCUGCUCUGAAGGGGGCAGGCUGGGUGUCUGCAUAUGGAGCGACUGCACGGAGGAGACGCCUCUGAACACUCAAUUUAUACAGACACAGAGCUGUUACACGUCUACAGCUCGAGCAAAGCCUGAUUUCGACAGCGGACGCCGCAGAGAAAGUCCUUCCUGACACCAGCCGCUCCGCGAGAGAAGAGACCCACACCCGCCUCUUCCGUCUCCCGCAGCUCGGGACUCUCUAACGCGGAUAAACGAUGACUUUCCACGCGCGAUUCCCACUCAAAACACCAGAGACUUUCUCGCCCGUGCUUACAGGGCGUGUUUCUUUAAUCUGACAUAGAGGAAAAUGCUUAAAUCCUCUCCUACAUGCCUGGAAUUUUCUGCUGGGAACAGAAAGUGGGCGUUUUUCCCCGCACCGAAGCGCUGGAGGAUUCGUGCGAGUGCCGCAACUUGCAGCAACAUGCAAUAAGUCUCGAUUCAUAAGAUCGCACUGAUUCUGAGGUUACUGAGCGAUAUAAACUGGUCGAAAUGGCACAGGAUAAUGUGUACGACAGCCGCAGUAUUGUGGUGAAGUACAUCCACCAUAAGCUCUGGAAGAAGGGGUACGUGUGGGAAGUGAACGGACUGAUGAUGGGGAGGCAGGAGGACGGCUGCAUCUCUCCCGGCUCCCGUCACGACCCCCGCGGCGCUCUGCAUAAGGUGCUGCGGGAGGCCGGGGACGAACUGGAGCGGCUUUAUCAGUCGGACUUUGCGGAAAUGUCUAAACAGCUGCAUCUCACGUCCAUCACGGCGCAGCAGCGCUUCACCGCGGUCAUAGACGAGCUGUUCAGGGACGGCGUGAACUGGGGCAGAAUCAUCGCUUUUUUCGAGUUUGGAGGGACCGUUUGUGUCGAAUGCGUGAAUAAGGAGAUGACGGCACAUGUGGAUAACAUCGCAGGCUGGAUGACCGAGUAUCUGAACGGGCCGCUGCACAGCUGGAUCCAGGAGAACGGUGGCUGGGAGGCGUUUGUGGAGCUCUACGGCAGGCAGAGGGACUCUGUGUUUCGCAGCUCGUGGUCAUCGAUAGUAACGGUCUUCGGUCUAGCCGCUCUCGGGGCUGUUGGCUUGACCAUAGGAGCCUACCUUGCUCAGAAAUGAGACGCCUUCCCCUUCUCCAGUCGCUUGCCCUCUCUC